AUGGACGCAGUUGAUUCGAGCACGAUCACGGGUCGUCCACUAGGAGAUGCCUGUUGCUACCGCUAUAUAUACCAUUCUCAAAUGAUGACUGGCACCAAGUACGUUGCGCUGCAGUGCGAAUUCGCCCGUCAGACUCAACCCUCGACGCAGGGUUCUUCCGAGUCGGUGGUAUCAAUUCCCGGGCGCCCGCCGCGUCCUCCGUACGAUGCCCCUGCAUUGACCCCCUUCCAUAUGCCAGACGAAACUAGAACCAGCGCAGGUCUAGCAGAGGGGUGGGAUGGGGUGCGGAAAGCAAGGGAAAUAGCCGUGCACGCGGCGCAGGAGGAAUCGGGGAUGGAUCGGGCAUUUUAA